AGGGGGUCUAUCCCGCCGGGAGCCAAGCCUAAGUCUCCCUCCGCUCCUUUCUUCCUUCCUUCCUUCCUUCCAAAGUGGGAGUCCCCGCCCGAGGGAGACCCCGAACUCCGCCUGCCUCGUUGCACUUCAAGGCGCCCGUCGCGCCAGGCAUCAUGCCCGGCAUCCCUUGUCCUACUUCGCCCGUCCUCGCCCCCCUGCGACCCGGCGGAGGGGGCGGAGGCCGGCCCGGAGAAGGGCUGGGCGGGGCCCGGAGGGGGGUGUGCGAAGAAAGGGGGUUUUGUGCUGGGCGCCCCAUUGCCCUGCGCCCCCUUCCUGCGGAGUCCUGCGGGCUCCGCCGCUCCCUGCGCCCGCGCAGUGCUCGCCGCAGUCCCGACUGCAGCCGCAGGACCGAGGUGAACGCUCGGCGGAGACCCCCCAGGAGCCCCCAAACUUAGCCGGGCCUCCCCCUUGUCCUGCCCCAAACGCCGCUAAGCAUGGCCCCAGGGCUCCUGAACCUUCUGGUGGCCCUGGCCCUGGCUCCCCUCCCUGCCGUCUUCAUUGAUGCCCCAGAGGACAGCUCAGAGGACCGGGCGUUCCUCGUGCGCAUCGCGGGCGAGGCACCGCUGCAAGGCGUGCUGGGCGGCGACCUCACCAUCCCUUGCCAUGUGCACAUCCUGCCGGGCCACCGCCCUGCGCCGGGCCUGCCCCGGGUGAAGUGGACCUUCUUGGCGGGCGGCCGCGAGGCCGAGGUGCUGGUGGCCCGUGGGCUGCGAGUGAAGGUGAGCGAGGCCUACCGCUUCCGCGUGGCGCUGCCAGCCUACCCCGCAUCCCUCACCGACGUGUCCCUGGUGCUGAGCGAGCUGCGACCCAACGACUCGGGAGUCUACCGCUGCGAGGUCCAGCAGGGCAUCGACGACAGCAGCGAUGCGGUGGAGGUCAAGGUCAAAGGUGUCGUCUUUCUCUACCGCGAGGGCUCCGCACGCUAUGCCUUCUCCUUCCUGGCUGCGCAAGAGGCCUGCUCCCGCAUCGGAGCCCGCAUUGCCAGCCCAGAGCAGCUGUACGCUGCCUAUCUGGGGGGCUACGAGCAGUGCGACGCGGGCUGGCUGGCCGACCAGACGGUGAGAUACCCCAUCCAGACCCCACGAGAGGCCUGUUACGGAGACAUGGAUGGUUUCCCUGGGGUCCGCAACUAUGGCGUGGUGGACCCCAAUGACCUUUAUGAUGUCUACUGCUAUGCGGAGGACCUGAAUGGAGAGUUGUUCCUGGGAGCUCCCGAAGACAAGCUGACCCUGGAGGAGGCUCGAGCAUACUGCCAGGAGCGGGGUGCAGAGAUUGCCACCACGGGCCAGCUGUACGCAGCGUGGGACGGUGGCCUGGACAGCUGCAGCCCAGGCUGGCUGGCUGAUGGAAGCGUGCGCUACCCCAUCGUCACCCCCAGCCAGCGCUGUGGCGGGGGCCUGCCAGGGGUCAAAACACUCUUCCUCUUUCCCAACCAGACCGGCUUCCCCAACAAGCACAGCCGCUUCAACGUCUACUGCUUCCGAGACUCCACCCAGCCCUCUGCCCUCCCUGAAGCUCCCAGCCUGGCCUCUGGCCCAGUCCCUGAUGCAUUGGAGACCAUUGUCACGGUGACCGAGACCCUGAAGGAGCUGCGGCUGCCCCCGGCAGCUGUGGAGAGCGAGUCCCGUGGGGCCAUCUACUCCAUUCCCAUCCCUGAGGAUGGGGCAGGGGGGAGCUCCACUCUGGAAGACCCAUCAGAGGCAUCGAGAACCAGCCUUGAGUUGGAAAGUCAGUCCCUGGUGCCUCCCACGAGGUCUUCAGAAGAAGGAGAGGCGCUGGAGGACGAAGAAGAGUACAAAGAGGAAGAGGAGGACAUGGAGGAUGAGGCUUUGUGGGCCUGGCCCGGAGAGUCCAGCAGCCCAGACCCAGGGGUCCUCAUUCCCACCGAAAGGUCAUCUGACUCCCAGGCUUCCUCGCCAACCAGAGCAGCCUUACAGCCUGGCGCCUCACCACCUCCCAGCCAAGAGCCAGAGCCUCGGCCCCCGAGGGUCCUGGGUCCGCCCCAGGCUAUUCUGCCCACUCCUAGGAGAGGGAGCCUGGCCUCCCCGCCACCCUCCACUCCAGCUGGGGCUAAAGAGAGCAUGCAGGCAGGCACUCCUGAGCUGUCUGGGCUCCCCAGAGGAGAAGGUGAGGAGGUGGGAAGUUCUGAGGAUGGCCCUUCCCUGCUUCCCACCACGUGGGUCCCUAAGGGUGCCAGGGACCCCGAGGCUCCCAAUGAAGAGAAAUCUGGAAGAACUGUCCCUGCAGGGAGCUCUGUGCAGACCCCGCCGGUGCUGCCCACGGACAGUGGCAGCCGGGGUGGAGCAGCUGUGGCACCCUCGUCAGGUGACUGUGUCCCCAGCCCCUGCCACAAUGGUGGCACUUGCCUGGAGGAGGAUGUGGGGUUCCGCUGCUUGUGCUUGCCUGGCUAUGGGGGGGACCUGUGCGAUGUUGGCCUCCACUUCUGCAGCCCCGGCUGGGAUGCCUUCCAGGGCGCCUGCUACAAGCACUUUUUCACACGAAGGAGCUGGGAGGAAGCAGAGAGCCAGUGCCGGCUGCAUGGCGCUCACCUGGCCAGCAUCAGCACCCCAGAGGAGCAGGACUUCAUCAACAAUCGAUACAGAGAGGAACAGUGGAUCGGACUUAAUGAUCGAAUCAUUGAGGGCGACUUCCUGUGGUCAGAUGGAGUACCCCUGCUUUAUGAAAACUGGAACCCUGGGCAACCUGAUAGCUACUUUCUGUCUGGAGAAAACUGUGUAGUCAUGGUGUGGCAUGAUGACGGCCAGUGGAGUGAUGUGCCCUGCAACUACCACCUGUCCUACACCUGCAAGAUGGGGCUUGUGUCCUGUGGGCCACCACCGGAGCUGCCCCUAGCCCUAGUCUUUGGCCGCCCACAGUUGCGCUACGAGGUAGACACGGUGCUGCGUUACCAAUGCCGGGAGGGGCUGGCCCAACGCAACCUGCCGCUGAUCCGAUGCCAGGAGAAUGGGCUCUGGGAGGUCCCUCAGAUCUCCUGCGUGCCACACAGACCAAUGGGUCCCAUCAGGAGAAGGGAAAUGACAGUCUGACAAGGGGAGCUGGAGUCCAGACCCAAGAGGCUUCUGGGAACACCUGGGUCUCUCCCCAUCCUGGGAGAUCAGGCUUUCUCUCAGGACCCAAGCAAGUCCAGAAGUGCCUAAAUGCCCUCUUCUUGCCAGCCAGCAAGCUGCCCCUCCAUCCUCCUUUGGGUGGGUUGCUGUGCCCAUCCUGUCUCCAUUUUCCGAGGACAAGAGCCUGCCAAACUGCAGGAAAUAAAGCUGCAUUUGAGCCCAA